AUUUCACUCUCAUCAUCUGUAGCAGUUUCUUCAUAAUUAGCGAAACCAGCUAUUUCCGUCUCCAUUGCCUGAAAAAGUUGUAUCGCGUCUUGUUUGGUUGGAUCGUGUGGAUUGAUUUGGAUGGUCUGAUUGUUCUCAAGCAUGGCAACAAAUAAGAGCACGAGAGAAGUGCUCUUGUCUAUCGUAGAUGACAUUGAAUUAAUAGCGAAAGAGCUCAUCGAAAAUACAAUUGCACAGAAGCAUUUGAAGCUAUCCAGUGCGGAGCAUCUUCAACUUACUGAAUUACUUGUAGCGAAGGACAAUGAACUUAAGUUGACAUUAAAAAAGGCUGCUGAACAAGCUAAGAUCAAUUUGAAAAUGGAAGCCCUAAAGGCAGAGGUCGAUAGGCAGGAUCAAGACAUUCAGCAACUACAGCGUCAGUUAAAAGAAGCUGAGCAGAUUCUUGCUACAGCCAUAUAUCAAGCCAAACAGAAGCUGCAGUCUAUAGCUCGGGCUAAUAAAAGGCCUGUUCCUUCCGAGGAACUCAUUAAGUUUGCCCACAGGAUUAGUGCCUCUAAUGCAGUUUGUGCGCCGCUUACCUGGCAGCAAGGAGAUCCUCGCAGACCAUAUCCAACGGAUAUUGAAAUGAGGUUAGGAUUCCUAGGUAGAUUAAGUGAUCUUCCUCCAAAUGGACAGAUAUUGGGCUCGCAUCCAGGAAUUUCAUCCGACCUUCAUCGCGCGGGUCAUCCAGCAGGAGAACCACCAGUCUCGCAGGCAAAUCAGUUUGCAUGGCAUCCUUCUGGGGAAAUUCACAUGUCCAUGGGUGGACAAGGUAGCGUCGCUAUGAAUACUCACAAACAGGAAACAGAAGAUGUCGAGGUCAUGUCUACAGAUUCCUCGAGCAGUUCGUCGAGUGAUUCACAAUAAAAACUUCAGAAUAAGUCCAAAGCAAUAGCUUAAGAUUAGCAAGUAGAAAUUCAUCUUCAUCUGAAUUUUGUCUCAUAUAAGCAUCUUUAAAGACUGAUAUGAAAUCAUGAAUGAUUGUAUUUAUAGAUAAGCAACUUUAAUUCUCUUACAGCGUUGAUUAAAUUAAACUAACUUAAAAAUUAGAAACAUUU